GGCUCUGCCAUGGGGAAACGUCUGCCUGCUCUCACCUGCACGUGAGCACCGACCAAGGCAAAAGAAGGGAAGGAGAGAAAAGGGGAAAAGGAGAGAAAACAUUCCACUAAUCACGGAGAAAACGUCUGGUGAGGAGCGGAGAGCAGAGGGCAUCGGCUAGAGAAGAAUGGCAGCUCCUGACCUACUGGACCCCAAAUCCGCCACUCACAACAGCAAGCCCCGCCUCUCCUUCUCCACCAAGUCAAUCACGCUGAGCUCAAGAGACGAGUGUCAGGCCAUCGCCACGGUGAUGAAGUGGAAGACAGUGUCAGCCAUUUUCUUCUUGGUGGUUCUCUAUCUGGUAGUGGGAGCUGCUGUGUUCAGGGCCUUGGAACAACCUCACGAGAGUGCUCAGCGUCUGGCCAUCCUGACUCAGAAGCUAGAGUUUCUCUCUGCACACUCCUGUGUCAACCACAGUCAGCUGGAGGAACUAGUGAAGCAAGUGGUUUCAGCGAUCCGUUCAGGGGUGAACCCAGCCGGGACUCUAGCCAAUCACAGCAGCCUCUGGGACCUAAGCUCCUCCUUCUUCUUUGCUGGAACCGUCAUCACUACCAUUGGUUUCGGGAACAUCUCCCCCCACACGGAGGGAGGGCGUAUCUUCUGCAUCAUCUAUGCCUUGCUGGGAAUCCCUCUGUUUGGCUUCCUGCUGGCUGGAGUUGGAGACCAACUGGGAACUAUCUUUGGGAAGGCCACCGCCAGAGUGGAGAAGAUGUUUGUGCAGUGGGAUGUUAGUCAGACUAAGAUACGCGUCAUCUCCACCGUUCUCUUCAUCCUGUUCGGCUGUCUCCUUUUCGUUGCACUGCCGGCGGCCAUCUUUAAACACAUUGAGGGCUGGAGUGCUCUGGAGUCCCUCUACUUUGUUGUCAUCACCUUGACAACCAUAGGAUUUGGGGACUUUGUCGCAGGUGGUUCAGACAUUGAGUAUCUGGACUACUACAAGCCGGUGGUGUGGUUUUGGAUUCUGGUGGGGCUGGCGUACUUUGCUGCUGUUCUUAGCAUGAUAGGAGAUUGGCUAAGAGUAAUCUCUAAGAAAACCAAAGAGGAGGUGGGGGAGAUCAGGGCUCAUGCAGCAGAGUGGACGGCUAACGUCUCGGCAGAAUUCAAGGAGACCAGGCGUCGGCUGAGUGUCGAGGUCUACGACAAGUUCCAGCGGGCCGCGUCAAUCAAACGCAAACUCUCCACCGACCUGAGCCUGAACUCCACGCUCGAGCUCACCCCGCCGAAGAGGACGCUGUCCGUCAACUUCACCGAUGAACGGGACAAGGAGAGGGAGCCCAUGUUCUCGCCUAUGACCAAAAAUGGAAGUCUGUUUCUGAACGGGAGAGGUGACAUCGCUACUAUCGAACACGUCAAGUAGAGGUCGCAACCUUUAAACUCUGAACCCUGACACUGCUUUAGCACAAGCCAAACCCAGCUGGUUACAGCAACCAAUGGCAGACAGUUUUCAGCACUGGGAGGAUAACGUCAUCCAAUAACAGCUUUCCCAAUGACUCACUAUACAGCUAUAUGACUUCAUGAUUAUGAAGCAGGUUGACUGUGAACUGAAUCACAACAUUAAUUGUGAACAUCUUAAAGGAUUUGAAUGGAGUUACUUUAGGAAAGAAAGGACAAAUCCUAGUUGGCACCCUGUUUCACAUUGGCCUGUGAGUGCUGUAUUUUUGGUCAUAACCUCAUAUGAUUCCGGUCAAAAGUAAUGCGCCCUGUAUGUCUUUUUGGACAUUACAUUACAGCCUUAGUUCAUGUAUCCAAGUGAUUGAGUUGACAAUGUUUGAGGAGUACUAGGGAAGGUCUCACUAUGCCUUUAAGAGAAUGCAUCGGUUCUACCCCCCACUGAUAACCAGAACUGGAUCUCUCAGCUUAUUUUGUACUGAACAAAUUGCAAGAUUGCCUUAGUCCUUUUCUAGAUCCACGUGGCAGGCAGUUCCUUGUCUAUCAUCUCUCCCUCAGUCUGUCUCUCGUUUUACAAAGUGAGACAGGUUUUUGAACAACAUUACUGUGGUCAUCUGGUCUACUGCAGACAUUUUUAGCAAGGAAUGUAAAUGUGGCUCUUACCAAUUGUGACUUGUGACAUUUGUGCCAGUUAUUUGUGCCAAAAUGGAGUAAUACUAUACAGUACCAGUGAAAGGUUUGGAUACAUAUUCAAGUGAAUGGGUGUGUCCAAACCUUGGCCUGGUACUGUGAGCAACAUCAGUGUGAACCAAAACACAUGGGGGGUGGAACACUGUAUGGCCUUGGUAGAAAGGACCUUGUUGGGGCCCACCGAGUGGCACAGGGGCCUAAAGUCACUGACUGGUAGUGCCGCCAAGUGUUCACAUUCUAGUAGCUGCUUAGUGACAGUAUGGGACUGGACUCAACCGGUCUGUUGUCAGACUAGUGCCAAAUAAUGCGCAUGCACAGAAUAUCUUGCACAAGCAACAUUAUACAUGCUCAUUUUCAAGCAGAGAUCCAAUGCUGCGCACGUAUAAACGGUAUUGAGCACGCACAGCCACUGUUGGAUGUGGAAGACUUGAGAGCUUGCAAGUCUGAUAUUGCUGAAUAUCAAAGCUGGUAUUUUUACUUCCAAUAUUCAUCAGAGACCAAAAGUCUGGAAUUUCUGUACUCUCACAAAUUGACCUAGACCCGGUCACAUUGACAGGCACAACUCAAAGACAAGCUGUUUGUUUUCCCGCUUUCUUAAAUUCCCAGCUCCCCGACUGUAGGGCGAAUGCAUUGUCCUACACGAUCUGACAGAAAACAGUCCAAGCCACA